UGUAUCUUUGCAAGCGCCGUUAUGAACAGAGCGGCCAAGCGCCAUAAUUCCAAGUGAAAAGUGAUAUUGUGAGGCAACUAACAAAUAAACAAUAUAUAUUAAGUUUUGCUCACAAUAAAACAACGAAUCAUUUGAAACAUCGCAACGGAGCGCGCAAAUAAGUCAAAGUACCAAAAUUUAAAAUAGAAUAUAAUAAACGCUCGGCAAUUACAUCGCGCACGCAGUCGCUGUGUAGCAGGACAAAAACAACAACAACAACCACAGAAGCAGAGACAGUAACAGAGCCAGCGAGAACGUAGAAACAUUUCAAAAUGGCGCCAAUUAAAGGUACUACUCGAACUGCUACAAGCAACCAGGCGACCAUAAACGCACUUCUGCCGAUGGCAGCCGUACGAGGAAAGGGUUUGACCCGUCGGCAGGCCAACAGUGUAAUUGAUCAAAAUGCGGAAAAUAUGCAAACUCGUGGUAAGCGCAAGGCCGACCAUAGCCCCAUUAAGAAUGAUAAGAUCAAGCGCUCGGCGCUGGGAAAUUUGACCAACAAUGUUAAGAUCAUGACGCUACAUCCGGGCGACGAGGACACCCAACAGCAGCUGCCAAAAAAACCGACGGCACAGCAACUGCAGGCGCUUCUGGAUGCUAAGAAAAAUGACAAUUCAAAUAUUAUAGCCGCUGCCGCUGCUCCAGCUAUUGCUGCUGCUUUGCCCAACAAAAUAAUGACGCGCGCCUCAUCCAAGUCAGAGGAUACGGUGGAGAACUGUCACAGAGCGCUGGACAGAUUCGAGGAGGCGCUGGCUCUAAAAAGGACACGUAAGCCGCCAGUGGCACAAAAGAAACCAACCACAGUGAUUGCUGAACAGAAAAUUGCCGCUGCGCAGGCGCCAGUUGCUCCCAAAUUGGCUGCCCCUCAUCCGGCAGCUGCCAUAAAGGUGCGACGCAUCUCAAAUGACUUUAAUAAGACUGAGGAGAGCCUCUAUAUGUCCGCACUGGAGGACAUCUCCAGUUGCGAUUCCAUGCGCUUGUCCGGCAAUUUCGAGGCAGCGCGUCGCCUCUCUGCUAAAUUACAACUAAAGACUGAACAGCCAAAGCCAGCAACGGUGCAGGAGCAAUCGGUGCUUACGGAGGCAGCAUCCGCUGCAGUGGUGAGGCCAGUGACUCCCGUGCCAGACGAUGUGGAGGACUUUGAUCGCAAGAAUUGGGAUGAUCCCUUCCAGGUGUCCAACUAUGCAAGGGAUAUUUUCAAUUACUUGAAAACGCGCGAGCCAGAGUUUCCCAUUACUGAUUAUAUGCCUAAACAAAUCCAUUUGACAACCUGGAUGAGAACCCUGCUGGUCGACUGGAUGGUCGAGGUGCAGGAGACAUUCGAGCUGAACCACGAGACUCUCUAUUUGGCUGUUAAAAUUGUCGAUCUCUAUUUGUGCCGCGUGGUGAUUAACAAGGAAAAGCUGCAACUGCUGGGGGCUGCUGCCUUCUUCAUUGCAUGCAAGUAUGAUGAGCGCCAGCCGCCGCUAAUUGAGGACUUUCUGUAUAUAUGCGAUGGAGCCUACAAUCACGACGAACUGGUGAAAAUGGAAAUGGAAACGCUACGCACGAUUAACUACGAUCUCGGCAUACCGCUCUCCUAUCGCUUCUUGCGUCGCUAUGCUCGCUGUGCCAAGGUGCAAAUGCCAACACUCACUCUAGCGCGCUACAUCUUGGAGCUGUCGCUAAUGGACUAUGCCACCAUCAGUUUCAGUGACUCGCAAAUGGCCUCGGCCGCUCUCUUCAUGGCACUGCGCAUGCAUGGCGGCACCGCCAACCUGAACAACAAAACCUGGACAUCGACGUUGAUCUUCUACACGGGCUAUCAGCUGGCCGAUUUUGCUGAAGUGAUUCCCGUGCUGAAUGCUGGAUUGCACAGGAAGCCGCGGGCCACCAUCAAGACGAUACGGAAUAAGUACUCGCACAAGAUAUUCCAUGAGGUGGCUAAGGUACCACUGCUCAGCAAUGUCGAGCUAUUCCAAAGCAAUCUCGAUCUGAACGACAGUAACUUAUCCACCUGAGCCACACAAUUGCGGGCCUCGCUCUGUUGUAACGCCAACUAGCCAAAUUGAUAAUGAGCAACAAAUGUUACGCUUCACUAGAUAUAUAAGAUGCUUCAAUCA